GUGAACUACACAUAACAUAUAUAACACUAGUACUGGCCAAGAAGUGUUAGGCUGGUUCUCAGCUAUUCACGACUGGCUGAGAAGCGCUAGACCUGCUAUCAGCUAGUCACGAUCUGAUAUAGUAGAUGUUAUGUAUGUACAUGCACACAGGGUCGUACUUGCAAAAAUAGUAUCACAAACUGCACUUGUAUUGUAUGCACAUCAUACAAGCACACACACAUAGUCACUUGGCUUCGAAUUGUAUUGUACACACUUCAGUGUACGUACAGGGGAAGCAACAUCUUAAAUUUUAAUUGAACUAUGUCUGAGCCAAAUCAAUCAUUACUGAACACUCGGCCCACAGCCUGGAGCGGUGUGCGUCCGUUGCUUCUUACUAAGAAGAAUGCAUCAGACACUUCUCUUAGUAGAAACACACAUACGAAAGCUACUUCACUAGCAGAGAACACCCAUAUUGAUCACUUACCUAAACGCGGGGAUAGAGCUGCGACCGCGGAUCCGCGCUCGAAUGUAGAGGGAGACACUGAACUAGAUAGCGUGGUACUCUAUGUAGACGACGAAGCAUCGGCAAAGGAAGCGUGUGUGCUCAUAGAGGAGGCGUCGAUCUUAGCGUACGAUGCCGAGUAUGUAGUGAUAAGAAGCACACCUGCCGUGACACCCGCAACAGCGGCUGGGGUAGGGGGCAACGGUGUUGUUGAAGCCAUGACAACUGGAAAGGCGAGAGAUGGCGAUGAUACACGGGACAAGGCAAUGCAUACCCGUGUAAAUGCCACAGACGGUACUGACACGCCCGAAACGACGGCAGCUAAUAUGGUGGCUUCUAAAGUGACAUAUAUAGCUUCAUCGAAUGCUGAUGGUGUUUCCAACAGACGCCAUGUCAUAGGAGAUGCAGCUGCGGCCGGGGUGGCGUUGAGUACGGGAGGGUGUACAGACACCUGUGACAACUGCCCUAGCAGCAAGCCAGCGACAUUGCAGAUAGCUGCGUGGAACGGCGCACACGCACGCAUGCACCUGGUGGUCAUAGACAUGCUCACCUACUCGCUCGCAAUAGAGGACGGGCAUGCCAAUACAUUGACCGUACAGACGGAUGCAGAUGGUGAGUGUGAGAGUGGUAUCGAUGACAGGCGAUUGAACAACUCUGCGCUGAGUGAAGACGCACUCGCUGCAGACGAGGCCGUCGCUGUUGAACACAACAAAGCAUACGGCACUGUUUGUGCACAUGACACAGACAAGACCCGCCAGACAACCAACCCGCGUAGCAGAGGAGGUGGUGCUGGUAGUGAAGCCAGUGGAGAACGUAGGGGAAGUAUUACACACGGCGGCGAGACCGUUCAAAGGUUGGCCGCGGUUUUGCGGAGGAAACAUAUGGACACCUCUGUGCUGAAGCUGGGAUUCUCGUUCGGGCAGGUGUGUGGGUAUAAUGUCGUGAAUAACUGUCGGAAGUCUUUUUUUGUGAGCUGA